GGAGCAAACGGCUGCUUUCGUGUUUUCCCGCCCAGUACGUCACUGGCUGCCUGGACUGAUUGAUACCAGCAAGCAAUGGAAGCUUACAUCAGCUGUUAGAGGUUGUGACUGGAGGGGUUUGGCUGGUGUGGAGUCCCCGUUAGAAGGUUGGCAGAUAUGGUGAGGCACAGAGUGAUGACGGAGUUGCCACCCUUCCAGCCCUCCCUCCAGGGUAACUCUGUGGGCCAAGUAGGGCAAAACUGUGGGGGCAUUCAGGAGAACAGAAAUACCUCGGAGGAAAGACAGAACCUUUCCCAUGACUCAGCAGCGAAUGAAAAAACCCAGCCAGUGAACAUCCCAGAUGCAGGUAAACGAAGGAAGAAGAAAAGAACUAGAGCAACAGAUAGCUCCACUGGCACUUUUGAUGAUCUUUACAAAUUGACUGAUGAGGUGCUCGGCCAGGGGGCAUAUGCUAAAGUUCAAGGAUGCAUCAGCCUGCAGAAUGGACAGGAGUAUGCUGUGAAGAUCAUAGAAAAGAGCGCAGGACACAGCCGCAGCAGAGUCUUUCGAGAAGUGGAGACUCUUUAUCAGUGUCAAGGAAAUAAGAACAUAUUGGAAUUAACUGAGUUCUUUGAGGACAGCUCCUGCUUUUAUUUGGUAUUUGAAAAGCUGCGUGGUGGCUCUAUUCUCACACAUAUCCAAAACCGAAAGCACUUUGAUGAACUGGAGGCCAGUAAGGUAGUGAAAGACAUUGCCCAAGCUCUCGACUUCCUACACACAAAAGGCAUUGCCCAUAGAGACCUUAAGCUGGAGAACAUACUCUGUGAAUACACUGAUCAGGUAUCGCCAGUAAAAAUCUGUGACUUUGAUUUAGGAAGUGGAGUAAAGCUCAGCAGUGCCUGUACACCCAUAACAACCCCAGAGCUGACCACACCAUGUGGCUCAGCAGAGUACAUGGCUCCAGAAGUGGUUGAGGUGUUUACUGAUGAGGCCUCCUUCUAUGACAAGCGGUGUGACCUGUGGAGCCUUGGGGUCAUCCUCUACAUUUUACUGAGUGGCAGCCCACCCUUCACAGGACACUGUGGCUCUGACUGUGGCUGGGAUCGAGGAGAAAGAUGCAGAACGUGCCAGAGUCACCUGUUUGAGAGCAUCCAGCAAGGCAAAUAUGAAUUUCCAGACAAGGAUUGGGCUCACAUCACAAACGGGGCCAAGGACCUCAUAUCAAAGCUGUUGGUUCGGGACUCCACUCUGCGCCUCAGUGCUGCUCAGGUCCUCAAGCACCCUUGGGUGCAGGGGAAUGCUCCAGAGAGAGGUCUUCCAACUCCCCGUGUUCUGCAAAGGAAUAGCAGCACCAAAGACCUGACCCAGUUUGCAGCAGAAGCCAUCGCCUUUAACCGGCAGCUAUCCCAGCACGAAGAGCAGCGGGAGGACGUCGGUGCCAUUGUUUGCUCCAUGAGGCUUUCUCCUCCUUCCAAUUCCAGACUGGCCCGCAGACGGGCACAGUCCAAUGCUCUCCGGCACGGAGAGUUUGCACCCGCUUCAGAAGACUUUACAGCCUGAUGGUCCAGCACAACUUCCUCGUCGUAUUAUCCGACUAAUUUUAGUCACCUUGUGCGCGGAUUUUUAGUUUUACAAGGAGCCUUGUUGGAUCAGUCACAGAGUGUGGGAAGGAUUUCUGUUGUUGAAACGCUUCUGUGACCAGUAUUCUUAUCAGUGAGAGUUUGAACGUCAAGUGCACAGUUAAACCUCAGCUACCAACUACUAAUAGAAAACAGUAAACCUCCCAAGAUUUGACCAGGAGUCACUUUGAGCUGCCUGAGAUUUAAACACAGGACUAUUUUGUUUCAGAACAACUUUUGCUUUAAGAAAUUUACGUAUUGUCUUCACAGGUUGAGUUGAUCCGUCUCACCCAAAACACCAGAAAUCGCUCUUAAUGCCAGCAGUUUUUGUUAAAAUACAUAUCAUUACCAAAACAGCAUUUUGACCUGCUGCUGGUUUAAUGCAAUAUCAUCAUAUAUUGGUAGAUUUUAUUUUUCUUACUUUACAGCUUUUAUUUGAAAGCUUUUUAGUGACAAAAAAAAAAGGGAUUUUCUUUGCUUUUUUAAAGCAUGUUAUCUUUCUUUUUUUCCCCCUUUUGAUUUAUAUGUGUGAAUGUAUGUGGUUUAACUGAUAAAAUGAUAACACUUGGAGGAGACUGGGUGAAAGGAGGCUUUUCCCUUCUCUUACCCGUUGACUCGUUUGUCGAGCUGUGUCUUCAUGUCUGCCUGAGAGUGUAACUGGAGCUUGCAGAUAUUUCAGGUGUGAGAGUGGAUCUUAAAGUUCUUUUUUUUCCUUCACGUCAACAUGAGCUACCUGUAGCACUGAUGUACUUUAAAAUAAAUAUCUUAUUUAGUUCCCCCUGAUUGGGAGAUUAUUUCAUUUUAAAGCUUCACCAAUAAUAUGAAUUUAACACUUAAAGUAGUAUUUAUCUUUUUAGUGGUUUUGCUAUAACUCCUCAUCAGAGGUCACGUUUUGUACUGUGAUCCUAAGAGGAAUUGCUUAGUUUUGUAUUGUCUUGGUGAUUUGGUAUCUUAUAGUUUUAUUGAGUCUGAAUGACUUGAAAUGUGAGAAUUGCGUUUAUUUUUAUUUUUUAAUGUUAUUGAGACUUAAAGCUGGACUGUGGGACUUUCAUAUACAAAAGAGUGUCUGUUGCAUCCAAAACCUCUAAACGAAUUCACACAAUUCUCAUUAACCUUGUGAGCAGCAGGUAAAGUCUGUAUUUUGCAGUGUGCCCAUUUUUAAUCUAAUGUGCGCUGACAUUCCUGUGCUGGCACACUGGUUUAGAUCAACCAGCAAUUUUUGGUUUGCCAGGGCUGAACAGCGAAGCAGCUAAAGCAGUAUGGUCAACCCUCUGUCCUAAAUAAAUAAAACUAGAACGUGACAGAAAAGUUUUUGGUGCUUCUGAUAAAAAGGGAAUGUAACUAAGAGGAAAGGAAGGGGGAAAGAGAAUGACAGCGAGUAGAAACGGGUACCACUGGUGAGGCUUUUCCUUGUUGUAGAUUUGCAUAAGCACUUUUUGACAGUAUCUGUAUAAUCACUCUGCCUGUCUGAAGUCCCACAUGGCUGGUUUAAAGGGAUUAGAGAAUAGUUGAUGUUACAAUAGGGAUUUAUUUUUUAAAUAUAUUUUUAUAUUGUUCGUGUUUGUACUUUUGGUUCUUUGUCUGUGCCAGUGGAAACCGUUAUGGACAAACCAAGACUUCUGUCUUAGAGUUUUUUUAGUUCAGAUUCAGAAAGUUUCUGAUAUUUACUGCCUGAUUUUUAUCCUUUUUAUAAUGAACUAAAAUUUUUAAUUUAAUUUUUUUUUUUUUUUUUUUGUAAUUUUGUUUUGUAAUUGUGGCUCAGUCUGUGUUUGAAUGGGAUCUCCAAAGGCUCCUGUUUUCCAAACCCUGUAAAGUUUAUGUGCCGGUGCUAAACAACUCGUCCCCUUAUUUCACACUGUUGCCAUGGACAACCAAUCCCUAUAGCAACUGAAGGCCUUCAUAGGUUGGCAGGAAUCGAUGGAGAUUUGCACAGAGUGAAUACGCACACAUUAGGAAACAACUGCUUGCUAUGUAAAAGCCCCCACACUUCUAGUAUGAAUCAUAAAAAAGCCCCCUCACCCCCACCCUGUCUAGUUGAAAUGGCCUCGAGUGAGAUGCAGUAAUUGGUAUGCAAUUAUAGAGUCCCUCUGAAAUUUGUCAAAGCUCUUAUGGGGUCCUAUGCAUGAAGCUCUCAUGUGCUGAGCAUAUUUUCAAUGCCAUGUUGUGUUCUCAA